UUUUCACACUCAUAUUUUUUCUUUUUCUUUUUCUUUUAACUUAUGAAUUACUUUCACUUGUAUCAAGAUUUCUUAUUAAAAAAUGCAUCUCAAAUCACUAGUAUCGAAUCAUCCCUUAGAUCCCUGACUUAUAUUCUACCUGGUCGAUUUCAUGACGCUGAACUUGCUUCUCAAGCACUUUAUGCUGCAUUGAACUUGAUAGGUCUUUAUCAUACUUCCAUUCUAAAGAAAGCAGCUCAAGAAAGCAAGACAAAAGUAGAAGAGACUGCUUUUAAUAAAUAUCUUGAUUUUUGGUCAAGUCAAUCCAGUCUCAACAAUAUUGCUUCGAAACUAUUGUCUAUCAUUACUUAUACACAAGUCCUUAUGGAAAUGGCAGUAUUAAAGAAGUUGGGUAAAAGACAACAAUGGCAGUUAAUUACAGUAUUAGAAGCACUCAAGGUUGUGUUGAAACUGACCUUGUUCCAAACCACUUCACAUCGUAUGACACUGUAUCCACCUCAUUUAGAGCGUGAUGUAGAUCCUGCUGCUCUUGCCACACUACCAAAGCAACAUCAGCAACAACAGGAGGGUUGGGUUGGUAAAAGAACAGGCGUGGCUGUUCCUUCUUUGUCUAGUUCAAUUGACCUGAACCGUGGUCUUUCUAACAAGAAUGCACACACAGAUGUCACUGACUAUUUGAUGUCAAAAGUAUUAACACCAGAGAAAUUGCGUAAACCAACACAAAUGGUGCAAGUACAAAAGCAUAUCUCUCAACUAGGUGAACUACUCUAUAUUAUACGACCCCUUCUUUAUGUAUUGUCCAUGUUGCGUUUUGGUAAACGAUCAUGGAAGCCUUGGGUUCUGUCUCUUUUGAUUGAAUCCUUCUCUCAAUGGGCUGUUCGAAAGGGAUAUGAAAACAAAGGCAGUAGAAACCAAAUGUUGACAUUAGAGCAACAAGAAUUUAAUCGUCGCUUAAAACUCAUGUUGUUGAAUAUCAUGCGUGGUGCUUUUUACCUUAAAAUCACACGUCCUCGCUUAGAAAAGUUUUGUAACAAGACUGAAUCUAAGCCUAUCCUGUCUAUGGUCUCAGGUGUCUUGCGUGAUUAUCUACCUUUAUGGGAGCAAAUCUACUUUUAUACUUCAGCCUCUUGAUAAUAAAUACCU